AUGCAGGUUAAGAUGAUGACUUACCUGCAGGCCUUUGAUCUGUGGGAAGUUGUCAACAUAGAUGCUGAGCCAGCUCCACUCAGAGCCAACCCUACAGUGGCUCAAAUCAAACAUCACGCAGGAUCAUGGCUUGUGAGACUCCCUAGCAAGCUUGGGACAAGCUCAAGGAGGAGUUCCAAGAUGAAAGAAGAAGAAACUAUCAAGAAGUAUUCUGACAGAAUCAUGGCUGUAGUUAACAGCAUAAGGCUUCUUGGUGAGCAAUUUGAUGAGGCAAGGAUUGUGGAGAAAGAGCAAAGGAGAGUUAGCAGGAUGGAGGAGUACCAAGAGGGUGCUUUUCUAGCUAAGACCAAGUCUGCUUCAAGUUCCUCAGCCUACAAAGGCAAGAAGAACUGGAAAAAUAGGCCUAAGCCUGAUGCUGCAAGAGGAGGAGAUCGACUCUGCAGAUUUUGUAAAAGGCCUGGUCAUCCAGAGACCAGAUGCUGGUUCAGGCCAGAUGCUGUGUGUCAACACUGCAAGAAGAAGGGCCAUGCUGAAAGAGUCUACAAAGAAAAAUGCAGACCUGGCCAAAACCAACAACACAAGGGUGAAGAAGCUCGAGUGGCUGAAGACAACAGUGACCAUGAAGAACAGGUCUUUGCUGUUGGCUGCACCAACCACAGGUCACCAGAUGCAACCAUUUUUAAAACCUUGGACAGAUCUUGCAAGACCAAAGUGAAAGUUGGCAAUAGAAAGUUCAUAAAAGCUGAAGGAAAAGGGGAUGUGCUGAUAUGCACUCCUACAGGCAAUAAAGUCAUUCCAAAUGUGCUGUUGGUACCUGAGAUUGAUAGGAACCUACUUAGCAUUUCUCAACUGCUAGAAAAAUGGUACUCAGUUGUGUUUAAGGACCAGGAGUGCCAAAUCACUGAUCCAAAUAGAUCAAGCCUCAUAACAGUCACUAUAAGUGACAAAUGCUUUGAAGUCAACUGGUCAGGUGACUCAUACUCAGCCCAUGUUGCUUCAAUUGAAGACACCAAGCUUUGGCAUCAAUGA